AUGUUCCAAGCGGGCGUCGGCCACGCAUUCCACCUGCCGGAAGACAAGGCCCUGCAGUCCGUUACAUCUAUCCCGGCGAAUGCAAUCGACCUAGGAUAUCGCGUUGGGUAUGCUCGCCCGGGCUACGACGCCGACUUGGUUGUCUGGGACGCGCAUCCGCUGUCCAUCGGUGCGACCCCUCUGCAGGUCUACAUCGACGGCAACCCCCAGCUGGAGCACCAAAUUGUCCAAGAGAGCAUGGGCACGACCUUUAACGAGGCAUCGGCUAAGGAGGCUCUCCCCGUGACGCCCAAGAUGCGGACAGAGCUUGAACCCGAGAAGAGGGAGGCUUUCUGCAGCAAGACCAAGAAGGCCAAGGCCGGCUUCGUUAUCAACGGCAUCACAAAUACCUUCCUCGAGAACCACCCCCAGAUGCCGACGGUCUUCCGCGACGUCAGUCGUGGAAACUUGACUCUCGUCAUCAGCAACGGCGCGGUGGUUUGCCUCAAUACGCCCGAGGACUGUUCGUCGGCGGUCGCCCUGGUUUCUGCGAACGCCGAUGUCACUACCCUCGAUCUCACCAACGGCCACGUCCUUCCCGGCCUGACGGCUCUGACGGCCUCCCUCGGCAUGGUUGAAAUCGCAACGGAGGCAUCUACCGGCGAUGGCAACGUAGACUCGAAGAAAGACGGCAACAACCCGGAGAACCUGGACUUUGCAAAGUACGGCGUGCAGCUGGAGGGCAAGGCCUUCUCUCGUGCGCGCAUCGGUGGUAUCACACGUGCCAUCACACCGCCCCUCAGCGAGGAGGGCACCUUCGUCAAUGGCGUCAGCGUGGGUAUUCUUACUCGUACCGACCGCACCCUCCUCGACGGCGGCGUCUUCCGGCCCGAGGUUGCGCUCCACGUCACCAUUGACGAAAAGGCCAAGGUCAGCGUGGGCACCGUCAGCACCGCCGUGAAGAAGCUGCGUAAGAUCCUUGUCGAUGGCAAAGGAAUACACAACGAAACGACCUUUGGGGAGGUUGCCUCUGGCAAGCUGCCGCUCAUCAUCAACGCUAACAGCCACUGGGACAUUCAACAAAUCAUCAACAUAAAAAAGGACUUUCCUGACGUGAACAUUGUCAUCCAGGGCGGUUCCGAGGCGCCAUUGGUCGCUUUGGAGCUUGCGGAGUCCCAAAUCCCCGUCCUCCUCACGGAAACCCGUCCGGCGCCUACCUCUUUCCGACACCGCGACGCCGUUGUGGGCCCCCCUCUGACUCCAAGCGUUGCUCGUAUCCUGAGCGAGGCAGGAGUCUACUUUGCCGUUGCGAUUGUCACUGAUAUCAUGCCUGCCGACUACCGCAUCCACGACCUCGCCCUCGAGGCCGCCUGGGCUGCCAAGUACGCCAAUCUGGGUGACAAGGAGGCCGUCCGUCUUGUGUCCACCAACGUCGAGGACAUUCUUGGUCUCCCCAAGAGCAACGACAUUGUGGUGUGGGAGGACAGCCCUCUCGAGUUUGGUGGCACCGUGGCACUCAGUUUCGAGACGGGCAAGAAUGGCGAGCUCGAGGUUGCCGCUUGCUGGCCGCAAGAGCAUGAUAAAUAG